AAGAAAAAAAAAUCCGAAAUAAAGAGGGGAUGAAACCAGGAGAAAAAACCGGGAGAACAACCCCGAAAAUCACGGCAGAAAACGGGGGAAAAAACGGGAAAAAACGGGAAAAAAAUCGGAUUAAAAAAGCAAAAAUGGAGUCUCACAGCCGGGCUACGAGGAGAGAGAAAAUCCGAAUAAAAACCACCAAAAAAACCGCGGAUUUUGGGCAAUUUUGGGGAUCCCGGAGCCGGCGAUGGAUCCGUGGGGGGAGGAGGAGCCAGAGGUGAUUUUUGGGGAUGAAGAGGAGGAAAAUCCCAACGGGAUCCAGGGAUUCCCAACCUCCAACCCGACCCCCUCCGGAAUCGUAGAAUUGGAUCCCGACCCCCUCUUCCCCAACCCCGAGCGCGAAACUCUCCGCUGGACCGUGGUCCAACAAAUCGACCCGGGAACGUCGGGAAAAACCGGCAAAAAAAACCCGAAAAACCCCACAUCCCCGAAUUUCUCCAACUUCAAGAGCAUCAUCGUCCUCCAAAAAAGCUACGAGUGCUCCGAGUGCGGGAAAAGCUUCAGCUGCAGCUCCCAUUUCUCCAAACACCGCCGGACGCACACGGGCGAAAAACCGUUCCGGUGUCGCCAUUGCGGCAAAACCUUCAACGUCUCUUCCAACCUUUACCGGCACCAACGCGGCCACGGCGACGCCGAUUCGGAAAAGCAAACGCGGGGUCUUCCCUAUCGAUGCGAUGAGUGCGGGAAGAGUUUCCGUCGCAACAAGGAGUUGGCGACGCACCGGCGCUCGCACACCGGGAAUUUGCCGUUCCAGUGCGGCGAUUGCGGGAAGAGUUUUUCCUGGAGUUCCCAUUGGCUCCGGCAUCAACGGAUUCACACCGGCGAGAAACCCUACGAGUGCCCGGAGUGCGGGAAGAGUUUUUCCAGGAGUUCUCAUCUUUACCGGCACCAGCGCGGCCACGCCGGCGGUCGCUCGUACAUCUGCACCUACUGCGGGCGGAGUUUCGGCAGCAUCCUCCAUUUCGAGCGGCACCAAGGGACGCACACCGGCGUCCGGCCCUACAAGUGCUCGUUGUGCAGGAAGAGUUUCGGCGACGCGCCGGCGUUGGUGAAGCACCAACGGAUUCAUCUCGGCGAGGGCCCGUUCCGCUGCGAGGAGUGCGGGAAAGGUUUCGGCGCCCGCUCGCAGUACGCGCGGCACCGCCGGAGUUUUCACGGAGGGUCCGGCGCGGAGAAGCCGUACCGGUGCGGGGAUUGCGGGAAGAGUUUUUCCUGGAGCUCCCACUGGGAGAGGCACCAAAGGAUUCACACCGGAGAGAAACCCUACGAGUGUCCGGAGUGCGGGAAGAGCUUCGGGAGGACGUCGCACCUCUACCGGCACCAGCGGACGCACGCCGGCGGUCGGCCCCACGUCUGCGGCGAGUGCGGGAAGAGUUUUAAUUCCACGCUGCACUUCCAGAAGCAUCAGCAGGCGCACGGAGCCGGGGCGGGGAAAAGUUGCGGGGAGUGCGGGAAAUCCUUCGCGGAUCUGUCGGCGUUGGCCAAGCAUCAACGGGUUCAUGAGGAGUCGCAAAAAAGUGGGAAAUCCGUUGUUGAGUCACAAAAAAAUGGGAAAUCCAUUGUUGAAUCCCAAAAAAAUGGGAAAUCCGUUGUUGAAUCCCAAAAAAUCUUCUCCGAGAGCGGGAAAUCCUUCGCGGAUCUGUCGGCGUUGGCCAAGCAUCAACGGGUUCAUGAGGAGUCGCAAAAAAGUGGGAAAUCCGUUGUUGAGUCACAAAAAAAUGGGAAAUCCAUUGUUGAAUCCCAAAAAAAUGGGAAAUCCGUUGUUGAAUCCCAAAAAAUCUUCUCCGAGAGCGGGAAAUCCUUCGCGGAUCCGUCGGCGUUGGCCGAGCAUCAACGGGUCCAUGAGGAGUCGCAAAAAAGUGGGAGAUCCUCACUUGAGUCACAAAAAAAUGGGAAAUCUUCAGUUGAAUCUCCAAAGAAUGGGAAAUCCGUUGUUGAGUCCCAAAAAAUUGGGAAAUCUUCAGUUGAGUCCCCAAAGAAAGGGAAAUCCACUGUUGAGUCCCAAAAAAUUGGGAAAUCCUCGGUUGAGUCCUCCAAAAAUGGGAAAUCUUCAGUUGAGUCCCAAAAAAUUGGGAAAUCUUCAAUUGAGUCCCAAAAAAUUGCGAAAUCCUCGGUUGAGUCCUCCAAAAAUGGGAGAUCUUCAGUUGAGUCUCAAAAAAUUGGGAAAUCCUUCAUCAAUUCGUCACCGUUGGCCAAACAUCAACGGAUCCACGAGGAAUCGCGAAAAAAUGGGAGAUCCUCCGUUGAAUCCCAAAAAAAUGGGAGAUCCUCCAUUGAAUCCCAAAAAUCCUUCAUUGAAUCCCAAAUAUCUGUUGUUGAACACCCAAAAAAUGGGAAUUCCUCCGUUGAAUCCCAAAAGUCCGUCGCGGAAUCCCAAAAAAAUGAGAGAUCCUCCGUUGAACACCCAAAAAAUGGGAAACCCUUUGUUGAAUCCCAAAAAUCCAUCGUGGAAUCCCAAAAAAAUUGGAAUUCCUCCAUUGAAUCCCAAAAAUCCAAGGAAAUGCCGGAGGGGUGAAAGAAAAUUCCGGAUUUUUUUUUGUUUUUCCCGGCGUUCCCAGCUGUAGUUUUGGGUAGGGUAGAGUAGGAAAAGUAGGGUAGAGAAGGAAACAAAAAUAAUAAAAAUAAAAAUAAAGUGGAAUUUCAGGUUUUGGUUUUUUUCUCUGGAAAAAAAA